AUGGGAAUAGUUGAUUCAUGUGAAGUUGCAUAAGAAAAUUCAUAAACUUAUAUAUAAAUUUAACAAAAUAAGUCAUCUAAACUUUAAAAAGAGGAUAAAGUAAUAGAAAAUGAAAUAAUAAAUAUAUAAAAUUAACAAUAAUAAAAUCGUAAAAAAAUAUAUGAAGUAUAUUAAGACGGGUCAAUUUACAACGGAUAAGUAAUAAAUGGAAUUAGAGAUGGAUAAGGAAUAUUUACAUAUAAUGAAGGAGGUUCUUAUUUUGUGGGAGAAUGGAAAAAUGGUAAUAUUCAUGGAUAUGGGAUUUUAUAUUAUCCGAAUAAAUAAAUUGCUUAUGAGGGAGAAUGGUAAAAAAAUAAAUUUAAUGGAAACGGAAUAGUAUAUAAUGAGAAAAUUAAAGUAAUAGAAUUUAUCAAUUAUAAAAAUUUUGAUUAAAUUGGAGAUUAUUGGGAAAAAUACGAAGGUAAAUUCUAAGAUGAUUAAAAGGAAGGAUUAGGGAUCAUUAAGUUCAGUUCUGGCGAAAAAUUUGUCGGGAAUUUUAAAAAAGACAGUGCUAAUGGAACUGGUGUAUUUUAUUUUAAAGAUGGGAAUAUAAUUAUAGGAAAUUGGGUUGAUAAUAUAUUACAAUAAGAAUUAAUAUGA